GAAAACUAUGCCAACCCCAAAACAUGCUUCUUCCACGUGCUCUUCAAGGCUUCAGCUUUGGCAUUUUACAUCCUUUCGACACUCUUUGCCGAUAGUUUUUGUCAUUAUCUUUGUCGUCACCGUCGUGCUUGCUGCUCUUGAUUUUUGGGUCGUCAAGAACAUUAGCGACCGUAUCUUAGUCGGGCUAAGGUGGUGGAAUGAAAUAAACGAGAAAAGUGAGAGCAUGUGGAGAUUUGAGUGCCUUGACCAAGAGUCGUUAGCCCGCAUUAACCAAAAGGAUUCCUGGCUAUUUUGGUGGACAUUGUAUCUUAAUGCAACCUCGCCAUCGCCAACAUCAUCGGAUUUACCAAAUGUCGUGAAGGUACAAGACUUCCGCCAUUUCCGAUCAUAA